CAGAGUUGCGAGUUGGGACACCCUUCAACUUUUGUCUGCGGCGCGUCAGAAAGUGUCGGACGUCCUGCCAUGCUGCAUGGGACUCGAAGCCAUUUCGGAUUGUGAUACUCUGUGCGCUCUUGAGUUAUGGCUCCGUUCGGCAGAAACUUCCUGAAAGCGCGUCUGAAAAACAGGACACAAGAUGCAGAGCCUGUGGUGGGAAAAGAGAUUCAAGUUACUGUCUGCAAUGAGGAGAAGGUGGUCUGUGGAGUAACAAAGCACACAACAUGUGCAGAUAUGGUUACAGCGUUACUGGAUGAUCACAAGACAAUCCCAGAGAGCAAGCAGCUCCUGCAUGGGGAUCCCAAAGAUUUCUGUCUGGUAGAGCGCUGGAAGGGUUUUGAGAGAGCCCUGCCUCCUCUUACCCGUAUCCUGAGGCUCUGGAAUGCUUGGGGUGACCAAAAAUCCCUCAUCCAGUUUAUUUUGGUCAAAACCAGUGAUUUUGUGCCACAGUCGGGUAAGAAGAAUGGCAAACCCAAGGGGGCAAAGCCAAAGCGACGGGAAUAUGGUCCCGCUCAGUAUUCUCAGUCCUUGCCAGUAGAGAGGCAAAAGCGCAUGGUGAAGAAGGCUUUCCGGAAGUUGGAGAAACUGCACAAGGAGAGCAAGAGCUCCCCAGGCGUGGAGGAGAUUGACCGGAUGGUCCAGCUAAUUCUCACACAGGACCACACCAUUAGAGAGCAGAUCCAACGAAUGAGAGAGCUGGAUUUAGAGAUUGAGAGGUUUGAGCUGCAUGUGCAGAGGGAGGCUCAACCUGAGUGUUCAUUGACUCAGGCUUGUGGCCCGAUUCUGGACGGGCAUAAUGAGGAGCAGCUGCAGGAGUACCUGUACACCAGUGAUGGAGUCAAAGCGCUGGAUCUGCAGGUACAGAGGCACCAGGAGCUUAUCCUCCAGUUAUCACAGGAUAUUGACAGUGAGCUGAUGAGGGCCAACUUGGCAUGGUCUCUCGGCCAAGACGAGGAUGCUGAACAGGGAGGAGCCACGGCUGGUCCCUGGAUCUCCUCAGAGACAGACUCACCAUUCUAUGCCGCUGAACUUGCGAGGCUGCAGUCUGAACUGAAACACAGCCUGUUCACCGGUGUGUCCCUUCACAACCAAAGUGCAGAGCUAGACAAGGAACUGAAGUACUACGAUGCUACGUUGGACUCCAAGGACCAGGAGUGCUGGCACCUGGCUUCCCAGCUCAGCUCCAUGCAGGUGGCGGACAGCACAGAGGAAAAGUCCUGUCCCGGAAGCCUGAAUGGCCAGAUUCGGGGCAGCGUCUCCCAGGCAGUGAAGCUCAAACACAGUCUGUCCCCUACAGAUGUUACAGACACAGACUCAGACACUGGGAUUAGCUCCACACACAGUCAGGACUCGCUGUCACCCUGUCUCGACUUCCCUCCCCCGCUGGACACAGACGUUUGAACAACCCAGUUGACCCGGCUUGAUAAUACUCUGUAUGCACAAACUACAUUCCAUCACUAUUUAUGAGAGCUGGGUUUUCCCCUCUAAGCUGCUUUCAUGGGACACAAGUUGUCCCAUGAAAGGAGCAAAGCCUGUGCAAAGAUGUCUUUAAUAAACCAGGCGUAGUUAGUUACACUGCCCAGAAUAUAGGGGUUUAUGAUCUAUCACUGGGCUUAAUUAUGGUGAAUCAACACUAAUUGCCUUGAUGACAGUUCUCACGCUAUUUAUGAGGCUGCACUCUCUUGUACACACUUAUAAAUCUAUUAUCAGUGUUUUAUAUUAAAACAAGCAGCAAAAUAUUUUGGACGUAGAAUUUAGGGUAUGUUUAGAAUUGAUCAUGGCAUUCCUUUCUAUGAUACUGUAAAUGAGCUACUGUAUUAUUACUGUAUAUGAUUUAUAUUAUGACACGUGCACAGUUUUUUUUUUUAAAGACAAUUUGGUAUAACACCUGAAAGAGUGAAAAAAGUAUUUAUUUAACAUGUAAAUAUAUCAUACAAAUUCAAUUUUAUAUGCCACAGCACAGUCAGCACAGCCCACCUAUCUCUUACAGAUCUGUGGCCUCAUUUAUCGACAUAGAGCAUGCGCAAAAAAAUGACACAUAUGGCCACUCUGCUGGCAAAGCAGGGAAAUAUAGGCAAAUAUAGGCCAUAUUCACACUCCAUAUCAAGAAAGAGAGACUUCUAAUAAUAAUAUCUCAGGAGAACAUCAAGGCCUUUAUCAUUGAUUUGUACCGCAAACCAUCCCCUUAUUUGCAACUGACGCUCACUAUAGACUAAUUAGUUGCAUGUCCCAAAUAACUGCUACAAAUUUAAAGGUGUAAAGCAAUUGCAUUGUCAGCUGCUUCAUGGCGCACAGGGCGCAUUCAGGAUAUUGUUGUUAUGUCCUUCUCAGCUAUUCCUUCACAACUGGUUGCACCCAUUGCACCCACUGAUACCCCAAAUGAGAAAAUUAAAAUGAAGAUUUUAGGAUACCUGGGUCACCCACAGCAGCAGGGAUUUAUAAAGGAAGGUGGGGACACACCAACCCAGAGGGUGUGAAUGAUCACAUGGUUUCCACCAUCUGAUCAUUCACACCAUCUAAUUAUUUUUACCUGUAUGCAGUCUUCAUCUUGUCUAUGCAUAUUUUUUAUAAAGGAGGCCUCUGAUCUACAUUUGUGUUAAACCUGCUCUUUAAGAAAAUAAAAGCUAUGAAA